AUGACAUUCACAGAACUACCAACCAUUAUGAAAUUCGCAGAUGCUCUGAAUUGUAUGCUUGUUGGUUUAAUUCCACCAGCCGAUUAUCUAGAAGGCAUCAAAGUUUUGGUUGAAGAGUGCCACUUUAAAACAAUCAAAGCCCAGGCAAAGACAACUUUGAAUCAAAAACAUAGAGAUAUAGUUUCUUGGUAUGCAACAAAAACAAAAGUAACAUUGCUUAUCUUUGAGUUAUUAGCCACUUUUCAUUGUAACAUUCAACUACUACAUUCUGUUGAACCAUUUGAUGUCAACAAGGAUUAUAUUGCUAAAACUUCUAAAAAUUAA